CAGUUUUAGCCCGGCGUUUGAUGACGUAGGCCUAUUGCAUUCCUCCUCUCUCAUUCUGCUGCUGCUCUCUGCCUUUCUUCCAGGUUUUCUGGAUCAACCCAGAUUUGAAGACCUUUUGAAGUUUUCUCUGGUUUAUUUGCUUCAAAGAGAGAGCUCACCUUUCUGAUUUUGCUGCCGAAACCCUUUGGCUUGGGUUGGCUUACCUGUACUUCGUGAAUUUUGGUCUGUCUUCGAUUUGUUGGCAUAGUUGCUCCGCCUCCACCCAGGGCUUAUAUGCAUAUGAAUGGCGUGGAGAGAGUUUAGAAGAGAGAGAAUAUAUACGAACUUUGCCAGAGCUUUUGCUACAGUAGCGUCUAGGCAUGUUGCCCGGUCAUGUUCUUCAUUUACCUUCGCAGCAAAGUCUGCUUAUGUAUCAGCAGGAUGCUUGACCGAGUUUAUCAGUCACUCAUCUGCCGGAGCAUCUGGUUUUUGCAGUGGAACAAAAGAACAUGGAAUACAAUACCGUAGGUGGUUCCAUGCUAAUCCAGAACUAUGGGCAAGAAGAAAUGAUGAGUUAUUUGGUCUAAAGACUCCAAAGAAGGAAAAGCGUGUGAGAAGGGACAGCAAAAAUCAGCCCCCUGUUGAAGCUCCAUACGUUCCUCGUAAGGUCAAAUCUACUAAAUCCACUCCUGAUAAAACAAUUGAAAUAUUUGAAGGCAUGACUAUUGCUGAGCUGGCAAAGCGUACCGGAAAGUCAGUAUCUUCUCUGCAAGAUAUUCUAGUAAAUGUUGGGGAAAAGGUUGAAUCAGAGUUUGAGCCUCUCAGUGUUGAUAUUGCAGAACUUGUUGCAAUGGAAGUUGGUGUCAAUAUUAAGAGGCUACAUUCUACUGAAGGUGCAGAGAUUUUACCCCGGCCUGCAGUUGUAACAGUUAUGGGUCAUGUUGACCAUGGUAAAACCUCCCUCCUUGAUGCUUUACGUCAAACAUCAGUGGCAGCCAAGGAGGCUGGGGGUAUAACUCAGCAUCUAGGUGCCUUUGUGGUGGUCAUGCCAUCAGGAGCGUCAAUCACAUUUCUGGACACACCUGGUCAUGCUGCGUUUAGUGCAAUGCGGGCAAGAGGUGCUGCAGUUACAGAUGUGGUGGUACUUGUUGUUGCUGCAGAUGAUGGUGUGAUGCCUCAAACACUUGAAGCUAUAUCCCAUGCAAAAGCAGCUAAUGUACCAAUAGUAGUUGCAAUAAAUAAAUGUGAUAAACCAGGAGCAAAUCCUGAAAGAGUAAAACUUCAGCUUGCAUCAGAGGGCGUGUUGCUGGAAGAGAUGGGUGGUGAUGUUCAAGUGGUUGAAGUUUCUGCAACUAUGAAAACCGGACUGGAUAACUUGGAGGAAGCUUUGCUCCUUCAGGCGGAAAUGAUGGACCUGAAAGCUCGAAUUGAUGGCCCUGCUCAAGCUUAUGUGGUGGAAGCAAGGCUUGAUAAAGGACGAGGUCCAUUAGCUACUGCUAUUGUGAAGGCAGGGACUCUAGUUUGUGGUCAGCAUGUGGUUAUAGGCUCAGAAUGGGGCAAAAUAAGGGCUAUUAGAGAAGUGACUGGUAAGUUGACUGACAGAGCAACACCUGCAAUGCCUGUUGAGAUUGAAGGGCUUCGGGGGACUCCCAUGGCUGGUGAUGAUGUUAUUGUUGUUCAUUCAGAGGAGCGAGCACGAUUGCUUAGUGCUGGUAGGAAAAGGAAAUAUGAGGAGGAUAGGCUUAAGAAAAUGGUUCAGGAAAAGACAGAUUCUGUGGAGUCAUCUGAGGAUGGUCCUCAGAGGGUUGAAUUGCCAAUAGUAGUGAAAGCUGAUGUUCAGGGCACUGUUCAAGCUGUCACAGAUGCGUUGAGAACUUUAAAUAGUUGUCAGGUUUUCGUGAACGUUGUACAUGUUGGUGUAGGGCCUAUUUCUCAAUCUGAUGUGGACCUAGCCCAAGCUUGUGGUGCGUGCGUAGUUGGAUUCAAUGUGAAGAGUCCACCUAGUCCUGUUAGUCAGGCUGCAGGGCGUGCCAAUAUCAAGAUAGUGCUGCACCGUGUGAUUUACCAUCUCUUGGAGGAGAUAGGCAAUUUGAUAAUAGAGAAGGCUCCAGGUACAUCUGAAACCCAGGUAGCCGGGGAGGCAGAGGUGCUGGGUAUAUUUGAGCUUAAAGGAAGGAGCAAGUCCAAGGGGCCUGAUGUGAAGAUAGCCGGGUGUCGGGUUAUUGAUGGUUGUGUGACAAAAUCAGGAACCAUGAGGCUUCUGAGGAGUGGGGAAGUGAUGUUUGAAGGAAACUGCGCGUCUCUGAGAAGGGAAACGCAGGACGUGGAGGCAGUGAAGAAAGGAAGUGAGUGUGGACUCGUAAUAAGUGAUUGGCACGAUUUGCAGGUUGGAGAUGUGAUACAGUGCUUGGAACAAGUGGUGAGGAAGCCCAAGUUCAUUAAGUCGCAGAGUGGAGCUGUUCGAAUUGAGUGUUGAUAAUUCUCUCAAUCCCCUUUUUGAUGAUUAUAAGUAAUAUACUUUUGACCCUUCUCUACUUUUUAGACAAGCGAAGGAUCCUGGUCAGAUCUUUGAUCUGUCCAAUUUUUUUAAUUUCAAUUUUGAUUAGCAUUUGUCAUACGUGGAAGGAUCUUGUAUCUGGUAAUUGAUAGGGUUUUCUUAAUCUUAUGUCAGAUCAAAGAAUUCUCUGGUGACUUUUCACUCCAAAGAGGAGGACAUUCAAUCUCCAAUUGUGUCAAAGAUAAUAAUUAUUUAUUAAUCAAUAUGCAAUUUCUUCCGU